AUGAGCGUCCACAUGCCUCAGCCCUCCUAUCCAACGCAAUCAUCAUACCCACCUCCCGGUUCAAACCCUUCACCUCACGCCUUGCCUUCAUACUCGAGCUUAGGCCCGGAAUAUGCCACCCAACCAUCUACGGGAGGCCAGGCAGACGUCUCUCCUGUUCCUUCGUCGCAAACUUACUCUGGCCGCGGCGCCCCUGACUCGCGAACAUACUUGACGCGCACACCGAGUCCUACGCCAAGCGAGCGCAAAGCCCUUGACGCCUCUUUUGGUUUCAGCAUCCAGGGAGUGAUACAGCGGGUCCGGCAUGCGGAAUCAUGGCGAGAUUACGUUUCACUUGCCGUUAUCGGAAUUUUGGUGCUCAUUGUCGUCAUGAUUGCCGUCUUCCACGAUCAAAUCAUCAGCGCACUCGAGCCUUUCGCACAUUGGAUGUACAGGACACCUGGAGGGUGGCUAAUCCCCAUCGCGAUCAUGAUCAUCCUUUCUUUCCCUCCGCUCUUCGGUCACGAGAUUGUCGCUAUGCUGUGCGGCUUUGUCUGGGGUCCAGGCAUCGGCUUCGCCAUCGUCGUUGCAGGCACGCUCAUCGGCGAGACUCUCAUGUUCCUCAUAUUCAAACAUCUGCUUCGCUCGUAUAACGAGAGGGCGCAACGCAACAACAUCACGUUUGCUGCAUUCUGCAACGUCAUACGCAAUGGUGGCUUCCGGAUUGUUCUUGCUGCACGAUACAGCGCGAUCCCACCCCAUUUCACCACCGCCGUCUUCGCUGCAUCACAGCUCGUCUUCUGGCAGUUCCUCCUCGCCGCGGUCCUUGCCCUCCCUCGCCAAUUUGCCUCCGUUUUCAUCGGCACAGAUCUCAACACCAGUGGGACCAGCGACUCCAAAACGAACAAGAUCGCGACGUACAUCGUGCUCGCCGUCGUGAUCGUUGUCUCGAUCCCGACGAUGCGUUAUAUCCGCAAGCAGAUCACCACGGAGAAGGAGAACGUCGUGUACGCGCGGCGGAAAGCAAGGCAAGCGCUCAUGAACGGAAGCGGCGAUGGGUCUGAAGCUGCUGAGCUCAAUAACUAUGGCAAAUCGGGCUUUGGUGGACAAGGCGGUGUUUCAACGAAGACUCGCGUGGAUGUCUCGAAUGUGGUGUAG